AUGUCUACCCACUACCCUAAUAUCUCUGCUGUAUCAGGGAUAGGAAGCGUGAUCAAGUCACUCCGAAAGUCAUUGAGGUCAAGUUCACCUACUCUGUCCCAAAAUGUCCCUGUGAUCAACCCUGUUGUAGUAGGAGGAAGAGAAGGUCAACAGAAACUACUUCAGCAAUUAAAGAGUGGACCUCUACCAUCCAGAGCAAAUGCAGCGGUGAAAGUUACCGAAUCAUUAGAGAAAUAUAGCAUAUCAUCAGUUCCAGAGAUUUGGUAUAUGAGUAGAGACCUAUGUGAGGGUCGAAUAACAUCGUCAAUUAGACGAAUAGGAAUUAAAUUGAUGAUAGAGUGUAUUAAGCAUGAUGACUUGACAGUCAGUGGUAAAUUAAUGUACUUUGAAGACAUUGCUCGAUAUUGUCAAAUCUCUGAAAGUCACAUUGAUCCAGAGUUUGAUUUAUACUUGCUAGCAUUAAAGACCUUAUCCAAUAACGGGAAAGACAUCCAUGAUCUUUAUAUUUAUGAUUUCCGAAGGAACCUUCCUACAUUUUUAAAAUCAGCUUUGGUUUAUCUAACCAAACAAGCAAAGUCUUUUAAUACCCAAAAUGAAAAGUUAUCCGAAGAUAGAAACUAUCAGAACUUGCAUAAGCUUCUUGAAUAUGUCAAGAAUUGCUUAAGACUUAAUUACACUAUAUCUGAUAAAGAGUUCAUUGUUUCAGUGUGCGAUAUUGCAACUGAAUUGGGAUAUCAAACCACCAACGAGACAUUGGUAUCUGAUUGUGUGGAAUUAUUGAAUACAGUAAUUGUCUUUGGAACUAUCCAAUAUUCAUCUUUCUCCCGCAUUAUACAGGUGUUUGCAUAUGUAUAUUCAAAGAGGAAUGACCAAUCUAAGAUUGUGAGUGAAUCAUUAGUUAAUAUGAUUUCUGAAACUACCUUUCCAACAGUCUUUCUAUCACUUUGUGAUGUUGCAAAAAAUUAUGGGAACCCCAUUACAGAACGUGAUACCAUAGUUGUUCAUACUACUAUAGGUGCAUUAUUACUAAUUGAAAAGCUUUUUAUCAUUGCGUCCACUGCAAAGGCAUCUAAAAUUGACUACAUUCACAGCGUGGUGAUAGCAGCUGAAGCAUACGUUUUAGAACAAAAGAUCCCUGCAUUGAAUGUGAUAAUACUUCAAAUGCUAGAUAGAAUGUUUGAUAAAACAUCUUACUCACAGAAUUAUUCUACAACACCUCAAACAAGUGAGCUAUUUCCAUUCCAAGUGUGGUAUGGUUCUUCAACCACGUUAUUUGAUGUUUUAUCUCAACUUUCAGUGAAUCUGGAUGAAGACAAAAUGCAUAUGAAGAAUAUUAUAAAUUCUUUAAGAGAACAGUUCCAAGAACACGGUUUAAAUAUCCCACGAUCUCGUUUGGUCAAGUUCUUUGUCGAGUACCAAGACCUUUUAUCGCUUGAUGAUGUCCUUUUUGUGUUGACGUAUUAUAAAGACGAAAAGUUAUGCUCAGCUAUUAAUCCCCUCUGGAAGGAAAGUCAACAACUAGUGCUAAACAAAUUUGUCUACAAUACAGUUGUAAGGGACCCAACAGAAGAAACAGAUAUUAUAAGACUUGAAAGUUUACGUGUUAUCAAAGAAAGUCAUUUUAUCUCAAUUGCAAUUGUACCAAGUUAUGAAUUAGAGUUUGACAUUCUAAAGGACAUAUUUAUGAAAUUGCUAAAGUUGAACGAUCUUUCAGAAACAGUAUUACAUUAUUUAUCUUAUGAAUUUUUCACAGAUGUACUACAGAAUGCUCCACUCAAAGUAUUUGAAGAUUUCACAGAAACAAUAUUGCAAGGGAUACUUUCAAUGGGCAGAAAUGUUGAUACACUAUAUAUUAUAAAGUUUACAGAAGCAAUAGCCAAAUUCUUCAUAACAACAAAGGAAGCUGGCAAGGCAGCAAAUUGUUACCUGAUUUUGAUCAAACUAGGCAACUUUGCGUUCAAUGAACCAAAGAUCGAUGUUUUAUUGAUCGUAUUACGAACAUUGAUACGAUUGAGAGUCACCAGCGAGAAUUUUGUUUAUCUAACGAGUCCAAAGGAUAUGGAAGGUCUUGCUACAGCAUUUAGAAGAACAGCUCACACGAUUAAAGAAGAUGCCUUAAGAAGCGCCAGUCAAAAUGGUGCUGAUGAUGAUGUGGAUAUUGAGAAAGUUACGAAUAAUUUUACUGCUCAUAAUUAUCAGUGGAGUUAUCCAGAGAGCUUAGCCUAUUUGCCUGAAAGAUAUUUUGAUACCCCCACAAGUAAGUUAUUAAUUGAGUCGAUAAACUCCCCUUACAGUCAACGAAUAGACAAUGAGGAAGCUUUAGACCAGGAUAUGGCUACCAUAGAUAUUAAUCUCUGGUUACAGAUUGUUCUCAAGAUUGUUGAAGAGUACAUAGAUUGGGAGGUUUAUACCUUUGUAUGGGCCCAUUUUUGCUCUCAAUUAUCGAAUUUGCAACUUUUCAAGGAACAAUUUGAAAGCAUUGGGAAGUUUCGUCGUAUUUUAAACGAACAUAUUUCAUUGUCCAAGUUGCCAAAUGGAUUUGAGUUCCCUACAAACGUUACUAAGGCAGAUCUACAAGUUGCGUGUAUACGGAACCUUUCUGCUUUAAUAGGCUAUAAAGCAUUGUUUUCAAAGACAGAACUAGAACAAAUGAUUAAUUCCACCUUACUUGGAGUGGAUUAUUCAUGGGAGAAAACUGCUAUUCCCAUCAUCAAUUUCUUGACCGUUUGUUGUUAUGAUAUUCCAUUACUGCUUAAAAAAUAUUUGCCAGUGAUUUUAUCAAAAUUGCAAACAAGAGUUACCAAUGUAUUUGCAAUGGCUCAUACUUUAGAAUUUCUCCUGUCAUUAAUUGAUCUUCCCGCUGUGAUCUCCAGUAUCAAUACAAACGAAUACAAAUCGGUGUUUGGUAUUUGUUUUAAGUAUAUUCAGUACUCCAAUGAUAUAAGAAAGAGAAAUCUAAGUCCUGGUGGAUUACUGUCAGAUAAUAGAGAUCUACAAGCACAUGGAGUAGAUGCCAUUGUGGAGCUGACUCCAAGUACUAACGUUUAUGCUGUGACGCCAAUUAUUUCCCAAUAUUUAUUGCAACUUUCGUAUGAUGUUAUUGCUUACUGGUUUUUGAAGGUUGCAAUGCAUGAAAGGAAAAUGAUUUCUCCAUUUGUAAUAAAGAAUUUGAUUCUUUCCAAUGAUAGUGAUAUGAAUGAACAGUUGAUCUCAAUGCUUGAUUUUGUUGUUAGAUUUACCUUUUGCGAUAUUCCUGUUAAGGUAAACCAACUUCAAUCUGUUGAUAAAAAUAGUGUAUCAACAAAGAGUUGGAUCAUUGGUUACAGUGUGUUGUCAAUCAUCAAGAAAAUGAAUGGGAAAUUCCAAAUUAUUAUAAGAAGACCGACUGGUCAUAUUUACUUUGAUAUCAAUUUGAAUGUCGAUGAUAACAUGGUUGAUAAUGAGUAUCUUCUUUUACAAUUAUUUACUAGUUUUGAUGAGCACAAUAAAUCCAAACCAAUACCAUUAAUCGACGAUUCCCUAACAUUACGGAAUUUGAAUAUGAUUGAUCGGAUACCAAUGAUCGAUUAUCACAAAAUUGGAAUCCUCUAUAUUGGGAAGGGCCAAUCGACUGAAGAAGCCGUGUUACUGAACAAAAUAGGAAAUGAAGAGUAUGAGAAAUUCAUAAGACAAAUGGGUUCAAUCAUACGAUUAAAAGGUUGCAAAGAUAAGUAUGUUGGUGGGUUGGAUACCGAAACGGAUAUGGAUGGAGAAUAUGCCAUUCAUUGGAGUGACAAAUUGACCCAUUUGAUUUUCCAUACCGCUACUAUGAUGGAGAAGAACUUAUGGAAUGACGAGUUACAGGUAUCAUCAGAAUUCGGGAACUCAAAUGAUGAUUCCAGAAUACCUACAACUAUUAGUACAGGGCCCGAAAGUACUUCUGAACAUAGCCUUUACAUGAAGAAAAGACAUAUUGGGAAUAAUUAUGUCAACAUAUAUUUUGAUGAUAGUGGUGGUAUCCCAUUUAAUUUUAAUUUGAUCAAGUCACAAUUUAACUUUAUCAAUAUCGUCAUCAGUCAUCAUACUUAUUCCAAAAGCUCAAUCACGGGGCAUAGAGGCUUGGAUGUAAGCAUAAGUGGUGAUGGUGCUGACUUAGACGACAUCGACGGUGAUUCACACAGAUUACAUACAGGUGGGAAGCAUUAUAAGGUCAAGCUUUAUCGUCGUAGUGGUGUCCCUGGAGUUCUUUCUGCAUGUCACUUUAAAAUUGUUAGUGAAGAGAAUCUAGCUACAUAUGUGAGGAAUCUAGCAUUAAGAUCAAGUUUAUUUGCCAAUACUUGGCAUUCGAAUGGAGAAUUUUUUACAACUAUUUGGACUCAUCGAGUGAAACAAAUAAGUUUACUAAGAGAAAAGACAAUUAAAGCUCAUGAGGAAUUGAAGAAAAUGGAAAUGGAAGAGGAAUCUGCUUGGGAUUUAGAUGAUCCGUACGGAAAUCGUGGUCGUUCUGAAAUCGGAUUUGCUGGUGGUCAUGCUGGUAUUGGAUUCGGAAUAUCCAGUGAGAAUAAGAGUAUAAGAACAGGCUCUAUAUUUUCAGGUAGGACCUCAUCAAUUUUGAGUUCUGAAGGGAAAUCUACUACAAACAUUACAUCUGAAUCGGAUCCGACUCAAUCGUUUAUGCAACAAUUGAAUGAAGGGUUAAUCUCAGAUAACUCUGCUCCAUUACGAAGCCCUACUACUCCCACAACUCCAAAUAAUCCGCAAUUUGGAUCAUCGAUGGGCACACCUUCAUUAAGUGCUAAAACAAAGUACAUUUACAAUCAUUCUAGCAAACAUAGUGGGAACAACAUGGGAAGCAGUAACGGGAACGACAAUGAAAAUGCCAAAGAACUUUUCCUGCUUUUCGAGUUUAAUUCAUAUACUUAA